AUGGUUCUCACUGGAAAUCAUAGCCAAUUGAUUGAUAAUGUGUGCACUAUUGUGGUCAAGGGUCACUGGGGCAAUCUGUUGAAGGUGAAGAAUACCUCUGCUUUCACUUCUUCUACCAUUCACCAGGUACUAUUGCAACUCUCACUCUAUGAUUAUGGGCUCUCUCAUUCCUUCCCAUUCUUCAAAUGGCUCAACUCCAUCCCCGAUUAUAGUCAUUCCUUGCAAUGUUCAUGGGCCAUGAUUCACAUCCUCACCAAACAUAAGCAUUUCAAAACUGCACAACAUAUGCUUGAAAAAAUUGCGAACAGAGAUUUUGUUUCAUCACCUUCAGUUUUGAGCACUUUGGUGAGGACUCAUGACAACCCAGAAGUUAAUUCUCAAGUGUUGAGCUGGCUUGUCAUACAUUAUGCUAAGUCAAAGAUGACGCAUGAUGCAAUUCAAGUUUUUGAGCAGAUGAGCUUACAUGAAGUCAAACCUCAUUUGCAUGCUUGCACUGUACUUUUGAAUUCCUUGUUGAAGGAUGGGGUUACUCACAUGGUGUGGAAAAUUUACAGAAGAAUGGUUCAAGUUGGAGUUGUUCCCAAUAUGUACAUUUACAAUUGUCUAUUCCAUGCUUGUUCAAAAGCAGGAGAUGUGGAAAGGGCAGAACAGUUAUUAAAUGAGUUAGAUUUAAAGGGUCUGCUUCCUGAUAUUUUCACAUAUAAUACAUUGUUGUCAUUAUAUUGUAAGAAAGGUAUGCACUAUGAGGCUUUAUCCAUCCAGAACAGAAUGGAAAGAGAGGGGAUAAACCUUGACAUUGUUAGUUAUAACUCUCUUAUUUAUGGUUUUUGCAAAGAAGGCAGGAUGAGAGAAGCUAUGAGAAUGUUUAGUGAAAUAAAAAAUGCAACUCCCAAUCAUGUGACAUAUACUACAUUGAUUGAUGGUUAUUGUAAAACAAACGAACUGGAGGAAUCUCUGAAAAUGCUGGGACUGAUGGAAGCUAAGGGAUUGUACCCUGGAGUUGUUACUUACAAUUCAAUUUUACGCAAGCUGUGUCAAGAUGGCAGGAUAAGGGAUGCCAACAAACUCUUGAGUGAAAUGAGUGAAAGGAAAGUUCAAGCUGACAAUAUCACUUGCAACACACUUAUUAAUGCAUACUGCAAGAUUGGAGAUAUGAAAUCUGCUUUGAAAUUUAAGAACAAGAUGUUAGAAUUUGGACUAAAACCUGAUCCAUUUACAUACAAGGCACUGAUUCAUGGGUUCUGCAAGAUGAAUGAGUUGGAAAGUGCGAAGGAGGUGAUGUUCAGCAUGCUUGAUGCUGGAUUUACACUCGGUUAUUGUACGUACACAUGGAUUGUAGAUGGAUACUGUAAGAAAGACAAUAUGGAUGCAGUUUUAGCACUGCCAGAUGAGUUUCUGAGCAGAGGUCUUUGUCUUGAUGUUUCUGUAUACAGGGCAUUGAUAAGAAGGUCGUGCAAGUUAGAAAGGGUUGAAUGUGCUGAAAAGUUAUUCAAUCAUAUGGAAGGAAAUGGUAUAUCAGGUGAAAGUGUUAUCUACACCAGUUUUGCAUACGCAUAUUGGAAAGCAGGGAAUGCAAGUGCUGCCUUGGGUGUCUUAGAAGAGAUGGCUAGGAGAAAGUUGAUGAUCACAGUCAAACUGUAUAAAUGCUUCAAUACUUCUGAUGCUAGUGAAAGAAAAGUGUCAGAGAUCUUCUGGAAUCAUGUGGUGGAUAGGGGUCUGAUGUCGAGAAAUUCAAUGAAUAAAAUAAAGCAGAUGCUGAUAUGA